UCAUGCUGCUGCCAGGUCCAGAGUCUCUCAUGGGUCCCUGUACGGCCUCCCAUUGCUGCUGUCUCCAUCGCCACACUCUGCCAUGUGCCACUUUCAGGUCUCCUCACACUCCUGCUGUUUUCCAUUUUGUCAUAGGUUGCUGGCAGAUUACAGGCCUCCCAUAGGUGCUGCAGGCCCCAAAUCUGCCAUGGGCCCCCGUACCGCCUCGUCACGCUGCUGCUGGGUCCACAGUGUGACAUGAGUCCCUGUACCGCCUCCCAUUGCUCCCACUCUGCCAUGUGCUACUUUGAGGUCUCCUCACACUCCUGGUUUCCAUUUUGUCA